GAACGCGAUCCGCCCGUUUAAACACGGGCUGGAAACCCCGUCUUACCCUCUUCCUCUCGCUGUCCACAAGCAAGAUGCCUGGUGUCACAGUGAAAGACGUCAACCAGCAGGAGUUUGUCCGUGCCCUGUCGGCUUUCCUGAAGAAGUCAGGAAAGCUGAAGGUCCCAGAUUGGGUGGACAUUGUCAAGCUGGCCAAACACAAGGAGCUGGCCCCCAGCGACGAGAACUGGUUCUACACCAGAGCUGCUUCCACAGUGCGCCACCUGUACCUGCGUGGGGGUGCCGGUGUGGGCUCCAUGACCAAAAUUUAUGGUGGUCGCCAGAGGAACGGUGUGUGUCCCGCCCACUUCAGUGUUGGCUCCAAAAACGUGGCCCGCAAGGUGCUGCAGGCCCUCGAGCUUCUCAAGAUGGUGGAGAAGAACCCCAACGGUGGUCGCAGACUAACCGCCCAGGGAACCAGAGAUCUGGACAGGAUUGCUGGCCAGGUUGCAGCUGCGAAGUUGCCCCCCAAGGCUGCCCCCACAGUUUAAUAAAUAUUUUUUGGAGAAGG